ACAGUGCUGGGAAGGGGUAAGGGCCGGGACAGGGACAGGGGAGGGAGGUGGCAGGUAGCCUGCUGGGCACCGGGGAGCAGGAAGGCCGCAGGCAGUGAAUGGGCAGGCCCAUGCCUUCCCUGGGCUCCCAGCUCCUCAGGGCAGCGUUUCUGGCAACCCUCCUCCUGCUGCUGCAAGUGAAGGGGGCGGAGCCGCAAAGAGAGAGCCCAGGCCCCAACGAGAGGAGUCAGGAAGAGCAAAUACCCUCUGCAGACCAGAAUCGAGAGCAGUACGAAGAGUACUUCGUGGCCUCCUCAGUGGGCGAGAGUUGGCAGAAGGUGGACAUGGCCCAGCAAGAGGACGACAAGGCAGUGGAGGGCGCCGCAGUUUGCGAACACCUAUUCGACCUAGCCUUGUGCUUGAACCUGGCCAGUGCCAUGGUUUUUUUAUGAGGGACAUUGAGGAUGGGAUGGUUUUCUGGGCCCUGGGUGAGGACCUGGAUAGCUACCUCAGCUUCAUGAUAGCAUACUGACCCUCGGUCCCCUGGGCUCCAGGUCACUACUCCCCAGGGAGACGUACACGCGGCUUCCUGCCCUCCUCGCCUCCCCCUGCCCUGAGCUCCGUCUUCCAGGGCCGGAGACACCAGACCUGUGCCCUCCUCUCGGUCGCCCCUCCCUUGGCCUUGUUCCGCGCCGCAGAUUAGGGGGAGGAGGCAGCUACAAUAAAAGCAAUAAAACCCAGCGAAACAGUCAG